CAAAAGACACAACCAGGUAGACAUCUUUUAAGUAGAAUAAGCAUAGUUUAUUAGCAGUUUGCUUUAUGCAGCGUGCCAACCUGAACGGCUGAAUUACUACAUACGAUUGUAUAUUUCCUCCAUAGACCGCGGUUCGCAAGAUAAUUAUUAUUUUGUAUUAAAAAAACCCAAAAUGUCCCAGAAAGAACUGAAAGAGGCUUUUGUCAGCAACCUGAAUGGGACGAGCCUUGGUGAGGUCUCACUCGGUUCUGUCCUUGCUCCUCUAUGUUUGAUGAGCAGAGGACUGGUUCUGGUUCUUUAUUACCUUGGCAAGGGGGUGCUUCCAUUUACUUGGAAGGUACACCUUCUUAUGGACUUCACCUUUCUGAUACUUCCACUUGUCCUGUCUUGUACAAUACUUAGUGACUUCCUUCAAGUGGUCAUUCUGAGCCUGGCAGCCAUUAACACAAGUUUGCUGUUCAGUGUUUACUACAGAAAAAAGCACAGUUCAAGUGUGCACUCACGGGAUGUGUUUAAGAACUUUUUACAGAUUAACUUGGAGACCAACCGCAUCCCCUUUGUGUCUCUCUUUCGAGUGCUUGUCAACGUAAAGACCGCCAUUAGCAUUCUUGCUGUGGACUUCAGUGUGUUUCCGAGACGUUACGCAAAAGCUGAAACCUAUGGGACUGGGGUUAUGGACUUUGGAGUAGGAGCCUACAUCUUUGCUAAUGCACUAGUUUGUCCUGAAGCACGAAGAAAGGAAGUCUAUGUGUCCAAGAUCAGCUAUGUUGCUAAGCAGCUCUUGUCUGUUUGGCCCCUGGCUUUACUUGGAAUGGCAAGACUGAUCAGUCUCAAAGUAACAGGCUACCAUGAGCAUGUAACGGAAUAUGGGGUGCACUGGAAUUUCUUUUUCACACUGGCUGUAGUCAGAGUGGUUGCCACAGUAAUUCUAGCCUUGUUUCCUGUCAAUAGGUCAUGGUUUUGUGCUCUUAUCAUUGGUGGGCUUUACCAGACCACGCUUGAGAUGACUGAACUCAAGUCCUUUAUUAUCCAUAACAGUGAUAGAAUGGGAGGAUUUUUAAGUGCCAACAAAGAAGGGGUGUUUUCAGUCAUAGGCUACAUAGCCAUCUACUUGGCUGGGGUCCAGGUGGGACUUUAUGUUAUGCAAGCAAGAACACUGGUUAAAGACUGGAUCAAAGCUGUAUGUAAUCUCUUGCUGGGAAGUUUUGGUUUGUUUGCCUUUUUGUAUGUUUGCCAGACUUUUAUAGAGCCAGUCUCUCGCAGGAUGGCAAACCUUUCCUUUUGUGUUUGGACUGUUGCCCAGUCUCUCUUUUUCCUGUCUUGCUUCGGCAUUGCCGAUAUUGUAUUAGUCUUUUCCAAAUCAUUAGCCAACUGUACCCUGAUAUCUUCAUCUUGGAAUCCAAUUAAAAAUGCCAAGUCCGAAACCUUAUCAGCAGAAAAAAUAAGAGACAAAAUGGAGGGGUUCUGUCUCAUUCAGGCUGUAAACAGAAAUCAGCUAUUGUUUUUUCUGUUGGCAAAUAUUUUCACUGGUUUUACUAAUGCUGUUGUUGACACAGUCAGUUGUAAUAAUUUCCACUCAGUAUGUGUGCUCUUGUGUUACAUGUUUAUGAAUUGUUUUAUCAUAUUCAUCUUGCAUCUGAAAAAAAUAACAGCAAAGUUCUGGUAAUUUAUUCCUCUUUUAAUGAGAUUUGAACAUUACCAAAGUACAGUUGCAUGUUAUACAUUCUCAAAAUAUUGGUAAUAAAAUGACAGUAAUCCAGCAAUAUUCAACAAUGUUCCGAAAUGUUCUUUUGGGGAGAAAUAUACUUAUGGUUGUGCUAAAUGCAUUGCUUUGUACCAUGAAUGUGCUAUGAAACUUUUCUAAAUAAAUUUACUCAGAAAACGU